UAUACAGACAGGUGACAAAUUAAAGGAAAAAACAACAUAAAGUGUCUUAGUGAGGUCAACACGUGCCACCAAAACAGCUUCCUUGCUGCAUUGAUUUUACAAGUCUCUCAAAUUGUACUGGAGGAUGGAGCACAAUUCUUCCAAAAGAUAUUCCCUCAUUUGGUGUUUUGAUAAUGGUGGUGGAGAGCACUGCCUAACACGUCGGUCUAAAAUCUCAAAGGUGUCUUAUAGGGUUGAAAUCAGUCGACUGGGAAGCACGUUUGAUAACAUAAUUUUCAUACUCAUCAACCCAUUCAAUGACCCCUCAUGCCCUAUGGAUGGGGAUAUGUUCAUACUAGCCUCCUGAGACCCUGCAUCCUCAUAUGAGCACAUGCUUCACAUGCACAUUGCUGCACCUCAUACUUCAUUCUACUUAACUUAGACCUGUUGUCCUCGUUCACUUUUACUACCACUAGGUGGUGCUACCCCUUAGCCCUUCCCCUUCGUUUUGCACGUUCUCUACCCCUCCAAACGAAGAUUUUUCAGACUCUCACUUCAACCCUAGGGGUACCCAGAAUGCUUUGCGAAUCACCAGCAAGCUGGGAGAGACCCACAAAUAUCUGACAAGGGGGGUGAGAAUGUGAUGGUUGCUCAUUUCAUGGUGCAAACAAGAGGGGAGAACAGAAACUCUCAUAUUACCGGAAGGAGUGUUCAUAACCAGAGGUACGGAGUUCUGAGGAUCAUAAACAACUUAAUGUUGGUUAGGCCAGGAGUGAACUACCAAAGGACCAGGGGGAUCAAAUCCAGUCAACAUGGCAGUCUUCAAGCCUGAAAAUGUGGAAGACUUCUAUGAGAUUGGGGACGUUCUGGGAAGUGGGCACUUUGGUCAGGUUCGACAAGUUCGUGAGCAGGCCACUGGGACUUGUUGGGCAGGCAAGUUCCUGAAGAUAAGAAAGAUGGCCGGCAGCCGUCUGGGCGUGGACAGAAGCAGUGUGGAGCAUGAGGUGGAGAUCCUCCAGGGUCUUCACCAUCCAAACAUUGUGAUCCUCAAAGAUGUUUUUGAGAGCCGGGCAGAAGUGGUGCUCAUUCUGGAGCUGGUUAGUGGAGGGGAGUUGUUUGACUUCAUUGCUGAGAAGGAGAACCUGUUGGAGAGUGAGGCAAUUGAGUUCAUGAAGCAGAUCUUGGAGGGAUUGGGAUUCAUGCACAGCAAGCAUAUUGCCCACUUUGACCUCAAGCCAGAAAACAUCAUGCUGUCAAACAAAGUAUCACCAAACCCUAACAUCAAACUAAUUGACUUUGGCUUGGCUCACCGUUUUCAACAAGGCAAGGAGUACAGGAGCACAAGUGGCACCCCACAGUACAUCGCCCCUGAGGUGAUAAACAAUGAACCUCUCGGCAUGGCAGCAGAUAUGUGGAGCAUCGGAGUUAUUACCUACAUACUAUUAAGCGGUUUGUCACCAUUCCAAAGUGAGACUGAUGAAGAUACUCUGAAGAAUAUCAUUGCCAUGAAGUAUGAGUUCUUUUCACAGUAUUUCAGCACUACCAGCUCCAUGGCCAAAGACUUUAUCCAGAAACUCUUGAUGAAAAAUCCAAAUGAUAGAAUGACAGCUGAGGAGUGUCUGCUUCAUCCAUGGAUCAAGCCCAUCACACGUAAACAGGUGGCCAAUAGGAAUCGAUCCUCAAUCAAUAUGAAAAACUUCAAAAAGUUCAAUGCUAAAAGGAAAUGGAAGAUGUCCUAUAACAUGGUGCUAAUGUGUAACCGGCUCAUCCAGCUUAAAGUGCUGUGUAAGGGCAGCUCAGAUCCAGAUCCACUACAGAGACAAUGUGAAAGCGACGUGGAAGACACAGAGAGCAAGCCUGCCUCUAUGCUGCGUCGAAGACUCAGCAGCAGCUCAUAGAGCUGAGCAGAGAGAGGCAGCAGAACAGCAGAGAGGUUAAGGAUGGAAGAAAAAGUUUUUCUCUUACUCUGUUCUAGUGAAAUGGACAAUUGCAUGUUUCCAAGCAUUAAACAGUUUUUUAGAAGUGAGCAAGACCUUGUCUGACGAGUAUUUCUUUGUGAAAGACCUUCAGGAAAAUAGACUGUAAACACUGUUAAUAUGUGGUUUUAAUGAUGCUUGUUUAAGGGUGUAUUUGGAUUUUUACUGAUUUUGGGAAACUCUUUGAUUAAACAUUCUGCACGAAAAAGCUAUGGCUAGAUAUAUAUAUUGUAUUAUUUACUAGAUUUUAGAUUUUUUUUUAUUAAAUCCAAUAUAUGUAUCCCAUAUAGAUGCAAAUGUUUAUUUUAUUAUAGAUUUUUUUUGUAUUAGUAGUACUUAUUAUAUUUAUAUAUACUGUAUAUAUUAUUGUUUUUUGGCGAGUCAUCGAAUUUCGAAAUCUCGAGAAAAUACAACUUUCAAUCGAAAAGUCCCUAACAUGACAUCUACCAAAUGUGAUGUCAAUUGAAUAAAAUCUGUGGGAGGAGUAGGAAUUUGUGGCAUAUGUGAAAAUGCCAACAAUCAAGCCAAAUUUGCAUGUUCAAUCCAAAAUGGUGAAGAGGGCAAGAAGAUUUUUUUUGUGCGCCAAAUUUCAAUUCUCAAAAGUAAAUGAAUUGGAAGACCCUUUGUGAAAAGUUGUAGGGGGAGCUUUCAAGCCAGUUUUAGACACACUUUCCUGAGCGCAUACUGUCAAUAUAUGAACAUUGUCACCAGACCUGAUGCACCUGCGAACUUUUGUGAGUUUUCAAGCAUCUGUAGUAACGUUACAACUACUUCCUGUUUGUUGGCGUUCCAUAGAAGGUCAAUCCAUCGCCAGUCAACAUAAAGGCUUAAGUGUCAAAACAUGGCAUCACCAAUGUCUCAAGACUUCCCUGAAGUAUUUUGAGGUGGAUUGUAAUGGAAAAUUAUACCAAUGUAAUAUAUUAUAUAUUAUCUCUGUUCAUGUAUACCAUUUCUGCCAAGAUGACAUCAGAGCCACAAAUCUGAGACUGUGCUCGUCUCCCCCACCAAGACAUCGAAGAGGCCUACAGUCUGUCUUAUCUCCUGGGAUUUAACUUUUCACUCGGUUCACAAACACACACACACACACAUCUCACCCCUUCACCAAAUCUGCAUAAAAGCACAUGCCUGGGAAUGUUUCUUUGUCAUUCCCUCUGCAGGUUGCUCUUCGCAUGCUGUAUGAUUGUCUGACCUUCCUUGCAAGGAAUAAAGUAUACUUAAAAGAC